UGCUGCGUGUUAUCUUACGUCGCAGCACGAUUCGGAGUUUCAAAUUGUUAGUACGUCGCCGUAUCCGCCGCAGAAACGAACGCGUAUCAAACCAGUGGCGCUGCAUUUAUAGGACGCGCGGCGCACGGUGACGACGACGACGACGACGGUGGUGGUGUUUUCAGUGUGUGUAUACGUGCAACUCGUUCGCGACGCGACUGCAGUUUUCGCAAAGGUGGGGUGCACACACAUAUAGGAGUGAUAGUGUGUAUAAACGUGAAUAUAUCAAACAUGGCGCCGCAGCAGCAGCAACGUUGUUAUAGGCUCUGCACUGCUGCAGUGUGUUAGUGCGCGUGCAGAUAUACAUCUCUGCGGAGUCUUCUUAUACCAUACAGUGCACACUCUGCGAGGAGGGCAGUUGUGUAUAGAUAGGCUCUCGCGUAAUAUAGCGCAGUGCGUGAACCCUUGCCUACAUAUAUAUAUAUAUAUACAGUCCUCGAGUCGCUUCGCGGAGUUGCGUAUAACGCACAACACGGUAUAUGUAAGGCAUAGAAGGUGCUGUACUAAAUUUACUAUAUCGCGCGGCUGCUGCAGCAACGUUUUCCCAUUGUUUAUACCUGCUCCGAAAACGAUUGUAACAGAGUCGGAUCAAUCGUUACACGCUCUGCCAACUGUCGCAGCGACGAGCUGUUUACCUCUCUGGCGAGCUGUCAAGUUCAAAGCGCCGGGGAAACGCCUUUUCAAUAGAAGAAGAAACAUUUAUUAUCGUCGUGUAUAGGAUAGCAACGUUUCGUUGAUAUUCGGUACACGCGCGCGCGAGAGAGAGCGGAUUGUUCGGAAGAGAGACAGUUUUGGCCUCGAUCUCUCCAUAAUAAUAUUAUACAUAUUAUUGUUGUAUGCGCGCGGGGAUGCGAGCUGAUGGUUGAGAACAGAUAUUAUAAAACUCCUAUCUGCCACUGAUAAAAUAAUGCGCCAAGUGUAAAAACUCAUUCGUCAGCCGCAGUGAAUCAUUAUUUAUCACACGCGUACUCAAGGACCUCCAGCAGUAGCAUCAGCAGCAGAUAUACAAGUUAUUAAUUUUUCGGAGCUCUCUCUAGUACGUCGGUGUGUUGCUCAUACACAGAGCGGCUCAAGUACUUAUACGCGCGCAGGCAAUCGCUGAACACGACUCCGGCUUUGGCACGCACUCGAUAAUAAUAAUAUGGAGGCUCUAGUCGAGUUCAACUACGAUGCCCGACAACCCGACGAACUCACCAUUAAAAAGGGCGACGUUAUCAAGGAUGUCACUCUGCUGCACGGCGGCUGGUGGGAAGGCACUUUGAAGGAAAAGCGAGGCAUGUUUCCCGACAACUUUGUCACGCUUAUUAAAGGAACUGGACCAAGAAACAGUGAAGACAAAACAGAAAUGGAAGAAGUUGCCUUGCGCAAUGGCAGUGGUAGAAAGCUCUGCAGAGUUUUGUUCAGUUAUGAUCCCUGCAACGAUGAUGAGCUCAAACUCAUUCGCGAUGAACACAUAGAGUACUUGGGUGAGGUUGAAGAAGGAUGGUGGAAAGGUCGUAUCAAAGGAAAGGUAGGAGUCUUUCCUUCAAAUUUUGUUGCUCCACCAUAUCCAGAAAAGAAGGAGAGAAUAAAAGACAAUAAGAAAGAGCUGUGCAAAGCUUUAUUUGCAUAUGAAGCAGUAAACGAGGAUGAAUUAACUCUAAAGGAAGGUGAUAUAAUCACACUUUUAUCCAGGGAUGCUCCAGACAAAGGCUGGUGGAAAGGAGAACUUCGAGGGCAAAUUGGACUGUUUCCUGAUAACUUUGUGCAAGUGAUGACAUCAAAAAUUAAAAAUCAAACUACAGAAGAACAUGCAAAUGAUAUCUCACCUAUCAAAUUGGUAAAUCAAUCUGGUGGUAGAAAAAAGGAAACUGCUAAUGUUAGAAGAAGUUUGGACCCAAAGAAUUUACAUUCAGAUGGAAUUGUCAAAAAGUUGAAUUCACCCACUCCACCUUCAAACUCUUUGAAUGUUGGUAAUAAUAGUUUAGACACACAAGUUAAGAAACUCUCUAAUGACAGUUCAUUCAUGGAUGUGGGUUCAGAUAAUAAUGGAACUUCUACUUCCAACAAUGGCAAUGGUUCUUAUACCACGAGUAGUGAUUUGGUUGAAGAAUUAGAUGAAGUGGAGAGGAGCGAAGGUAGUACUUUAUCACAUUUAACUGCAUCCAGAGCCAAGGCACCAAGAAGAAGACUACCAACUACACAGCAUUUAAGAAAUCAUAAUCCUACAAUCAAUGAAAAUACUUCAAAUAAUAUUUCUCCUAUAAAGGAGGAUAAUAUUACAAAUGGCAAUGCAGAAGUAUUGGAAGACAAUGUAAAAAAUGAUGUGAUUGAUACACAGGUGGCCAAAACUAGGAAAAAAGCACCAUGGGUGGAAGAACUCAAGUUAAAUCAAAUGGAACGGAAAAAAGGAAAUAGUGAUCUUUCAGAUAGUAAAAUUGAAUCAAAAAAAGAAAGAAGUUUUGAAUGGUCACAAUCAGCAGGCAGUCCAGAUGUUUCCCCGAAAUUAGAAAUAAAUACUGCAGGUAGCAAACUUAAAGACAAAGGAAAAUCAAACAAAUCAGAAACUACUUCAUCAUCCGAACAAUCGUUGUUAACACCAUCAUCACCAUUACCACUUGAUAAUCAGCCUUAUGUACCAUUCCAUUUGUAUAUGCAAUUGAAAGAUCAGGUAAAAUUCUUGGAGAGAACAGUUGUGCGUCUCCAGGACCAAGUGAGUGAUUUAACUAAACAGUUAGAAAAAAUAGUUAGGGAUUAAUAUUAAUUUGCAACUUACAGACUUCAAUACUGCAUUUUAUUGAUAUUAUUAUAAUUGAUUGUGCUGUAGGUAUAAUAGAUUUUAUUGGUUUGUAAGUAAUAGAUUUUGUAAAUCAUAGGUAUAUGAUGUAAUAGCACACCGACAAGUAUUUAACAGACUGAGACAUCACAGCGACAUAAACAUCACAUUCCACUUAAAAUUUAAUAGGUUUAUAAAAAUUCAACUAUGAAUUAAGGAAUUAUAAUUUGAUAGUAAGGAUCAUAUUAUUUACCUACCAUUGAUGAGUCAUACAUCUUAAAUUAUUACCUUAAAAUGAUUCGUCUUUUUUAAGUACUUACAUAUGAGGUGAAACAAAGUAUACAAUUUUUAUCUAUUCGUGCCAACAGUCUUUUAACCAUUCUUAAAUCCAGUAUUGCUGAUAUCGCAUCAACCAGUGAUUAGAUUUUAAGAUAAAAUAACAUGAAUCAUUUUAUUAAAUUACAUUUUUAAACAAAAUUCGAUACAUGAAUUUUAUUUAGAAAGAAUAUUAUCGUUUUCUACUGUUGCACGAUUUGAAUAAUACGACUUGAUAGCAUUGUACUUCGUAGGGCAACUAGGUACUUACAAAAUCAUUGAUCUAUAAAAAUUAUCACAAAAAACUUGCUUUUUUAAAAUACUUAAAAUCAAUGGUAAUAACUAUAAAUUGCCUUUGCUUGGGUUAAGAUGGUAUUGGUGUUAUAUAAACGCAUUGUUUCGAGUUAUGGAAAUGAAUACAAUCAAAAAAUCUACUUAAUAUGCUAAGAAAUAUUAAUGAUUGUGCAUAAAUACAUGAGUAUGUCUCGAAAGACACGCGUAUUAUAGCACAAUUUUGUACUUUUCUAUACAAAAAUUAAUUGUACUGUUGUUUGCCUGAUUUCUUAUUGUCAAAGUUCAAGCAUACAAAAACAAUUGUAAAAAUAGUAGAGUCACUCAGGACUGCUGAACGGAAAGAUGUGUUUUGACUGUAAACUAUUGUACAAGAUUGAAAUGCAAAUAUUGUCCAAUUUAGCAGGAGAUAAUAAUGACUGAUAAUAAUAUAAUUGAAAAUUAUAUCAAGAAUGCGCAUAAAAAAGCACAAUGUCAAAUACGGUACUUACUCGAUUAUUUUUAUAAGAAAACUUGGCUCGAUAUCGUUGUCACAAACGUAAAGUAUUUUAAACGCAGCAAAUAAAGGUUAUAUCUAUAGUUAUUUGAAUGAUAUAGAUAAAAUGAAUUGAACUCGAGUAACGUGCAGCUUUUCUAAGUAGUGUAAUAAAACGAUAUUAGUUGUAAUCAAUCAUGUCCAGGUUGCAAGCAGGUCGAUGCUUCCGUUGUAUGCUGUGAGAUAUUAUAUUGUAAAACGCGUAAAACGCACAACGCGACGAGAAAUAUAGAGGAACUUUGCGGAUAUGAGGAAAGUGUAUGAAAUUAUCGAAGCGAUGAUGUACUGAAAGAGAGAGGAAAACAUUAUUUUUAAUUUGCAUUUUUUUGUGUGAUACAAUAAGCCAUUGUCGAAAGUUUUUACUUAAUAAUCGUUGUAAUUAUGGGGAAGAAAUCGACACUAUUUAUUAUUAAGCAGUUCGCGAUAAGCGUAAAUGAUAUCACCGGCUCUCCACGAGUAAAUUGAUGUAAAGCAUAAUAUGAAAUAUUGAUUUGUAAAUAAUGAUUGUAUGACUGCUGACGUGUGAACCUAUGUUUGAAUGUGAAAAGUGCGGAUAAGAUAAUAUUAUAUAUAUUCAAAAUGAAUUUAAAAGUACAGAUAUUUUUCUCGCUUCUUUCGUAACGAAUGUUAUUCGUACAUAUGUGUACAUAAGCGGCUAGUUCUUAUUCAGAAUUAUAUAUUAUAAAUACGAAAAAAUAUAUAUAAAUAUAUAUAAAAGUACGCGCAAAAGCAAAAUUACAUUAAAGUCACUAUUUGAUGAAAAA